CUCACAGUUGUUGAUAUGACUCACGCCCAACAAUAGAACUAGAAUACUGCAACCACUGCGGAUUGUCACAGUUAGCAGGUAGUUGCCUGAGAUUCGUCACUAGACUCGUACUGUUGUCAUAGCCAGGCACAUUGCUCGACCACCGAGCGGCGUCUACAAAUAGUGAAGUUCCAUUGAGAGGAACAGCAUCAAAAUGUCACGUCUCGAGGUAACGUUGCUGCUGAUUUGUCUUCACACGGGAUACGUUUAUGGACUUUUGAAUUGUAACUUUGAAAUUUUUGAAAGGAAUUUUUUCGACCGCUGGAUUACUACAUGCCCAAGAAUAGUUAACUCAAAGAGCGACAGUUAUUGCUGCGUCGAUGUAAAGAAUAAAAAUUCUUAUUGCUGUCCUUUGUGGGAUUUUAUACAGACAACUGGACUUAGUUUGAUUCUUCCUUUAACAAUAGCAGCGAUUGGAAUUAUUUUUCUAUUAGUAUGCUGCAUAUCUUGCUUCUGCUGCAACUGCUGUCCCUGGUAUCGCCGUCAAAUCUAUGGAAACAUUCAGACACCUAUUGUGCAAGUAAUUCAGCCCCCGGCAAAUGUUCCACCAAGCUAUACUAGCCAAUCUACUCAAAAUAUUCCACCAAGCUAUACCAACCAACCUACUGAAAAAUUUCCAAUAAACUAUACUAAUCAACCUGCUCAAAACUAUGUUCCAUCAUAUCCAACGGGUUCGACAGCAAUGCCGCAACCCCCACCAUACACCGACGAGGCGUACGCUAAACAGGCUCCAUACAAUCCUGCUUAUCUACCAUCACAUCUAUAGUGAUCUUUCAAGUUGUAGUUAUCAUAACUAAUGAUUAAUGAUGGAGAAUUUGUGAUUCCUUUCUAUCAUUCAAGCGAUUCUCGUCAUCAGUUUCGAGUUUGUGAACGCCAGUACAGAAAAAAAAUAUUGUGUUCAUGGUAUUAUCGCAUCACAAUUGCGAUUUGUGCUUGUGCGUAUGUGCAUGGACAAUUUAUUUAACCAUAAAUAUUCGCACAAACUUUUUACCGUUUACAAGAAAUGCAUUUUUCUUCCUCGAUAUCUUUCUAGAAAAAUGCUCAAUACUUUUAUAUAUAUUUGUUAAGACAUAUACGUAAUUAUCAGACUAUAAUUUAUAUAAAUCUUUUUUUUUUGGGAGAAAAACGGAAUAAGACAAAUGAAUAGAACAAACUCUGUGAAAUACUCUCAAUAAAAUAUGAAUUUAUAACAAAGAAAAGAGAAAAUGUAUAUAUAGUUUCCCAAAAGUGUGAGAAUUCCGUAAUAAUUUUUGUAAAAACGAAGAUAU